AUGGGCGAAGAAUGUGAUUGUGGAAUUACAAACCAAUCGGACUUCAGCAUGAAGGCACCAAAGCCGCCCGAUAGGCCACUUGUUCCUUAUAUGCGUUAUAGCCGCAAAAUGUGGUCCAAGUCUCUGUUUUCCAAGGUUCGAGCUGAAAAUCCGGAUGCACAGCUAUGGGAUAUCGGUAAGAUCAUCGGACAGAUGUGGAGAGACAUCUCAGACGCCGACAAGGCUGUAUAUCAGCAUGAGUAUGAAAUAGAAAAGGCUGAGUACGAAAAAGCCUUCAAAGCUUAUCAAAAUUCUCAUGCAUACCAGCAGUACAUCAAUGCAAAGGUGACUUCCGUAGAUAUUUUUUUCAAAUAACU